UGGCUUGAAAACCUCGUUGGUUGUUCGAAGUCUUGAAACCUAGAAAGAGAAGAUAUCUCUCUCUGAAUCACCCUCUUCCGCUCUUCCUCUUUCCCGCUCAAAUCCUCAAGUUCGCGACUUUGCAAUGCCACGUGGAACAGCUGACCUGCGUUCCGGAGGGAAGAUGCCCAAGAGAAGGCGUACCGUACUUUCUAGAACUCCAUACGAUCGCCCGGUGCCUGUAUCUCCUCCUUCUCCUCCUCCUUCUGAAAGCCCUAAUUGGUUGGGUAGAGUGGUUGCUCCGGCUACCCGUCUCAUUUCCGGCGCUACCAAAGUUUUGUCGUCGGUGUUGAAUCUUGACGAGUCUUCGUCGGAGUCUUCGUCUUCCUUCUCGUCUUCUGAUAGCGAAGCUUCCUUGGCAGAUGAUAUUCAUAAUGAAGCAGAUGAAUAUAUUCUUCCUGAUGGGGUCGAUGGAUUUAAUAAGGGUGCAACUUCGUCUGGAAUGCAGACGUGUAAUAGGGAGGCUCAGAAAACUGUAGAGAGGAGGAAUAGAAAGAGCCUCAUAGAGCAGCUCCUUAUGGAGGAAACAUUUUCAAGGGAAGAAUGUGAUAGGUUGAUAAGCAUUAUUAAUUCAAGGGCUAUGGAUGAAACCUUGCAGAAAGGACAUGGUGACAUACUAGGCAAAGCUGUUGAUUAUGGUAGUCCAGAGCUCUGCAAUAAGGCUAUCCUGGAAGCCAAGAAAUGGUUAAAGGAUAAAAAGGUUGAUGAAGAUUCAGCUGCAUCACCAGUGGAUAUGGCCAAGUCAUAUAUGCAAGCCCGUCCUCCAUGGUCAUCUCCUUCUGCAAUUUCUAAUGAAGUGAAAACAUCAUUUGAUGUAGGGCUAGAGUUUUUGAAGGAAUCAACAACACCUGCAUUUGAUUCGGGUUUCUCAACAAAGAAAAGAGAUCUUCGUUCCGGCGGGUCAUGGAAUAUCCAUGAAGAAUUAAGAAGAGUGCGCACAAAGGCAACUGAGGACAUGCUAAAAUCCGUUUCAUCGCCAAAAGCAGCAUACCUGUCUUUAUUUUCCCCAGAACCUUCUAGCGCACAAGGCUCUAGGCUGGCCGACAAAAUUAUUAAAAGGGAUGAACUCAGGAAACCGCAGUUCUCAAGCCCUCUAGCUGAAGUUGCACCGGCUGUCCAUGCACCUGAAGGCAAUCAGGAUUUGAAAACCAUUCUGGCUCUUGAAGCAGUAGAAGAUGUUGUUGUUACUAAUGGCUUCCAAAGCCAGGAAAGUUUGCCCGAGGACCAUGUAGAAAACGUAACCAAUGAUGAGAAAAAGGACGAAAUAGUUGACAUAAAGGAAACCUCUUGCCAAAUUCUAAGAGAGACGGACGUGGAAAUCCCCUUCAACGAAAUAGACCGUGGUGAUCUUGGUUCACAGAACAGUGCUAGCAUGAAUGUGGAUGAGGAAACUUCCAAAGGAGGUGUUAGCGAAAAUGUGAACUUGAACGAGGCUCUGACGAAGAAGAGACCGGGAAGAAACACUAGGAGAGGAGGUGGUGGAGGAGGGGGCAGAGGAAGAGGUAAGUAAGUUAUUGGACUUUUAUUUUGUGUUGUUAGCAGUAGAGGAGCAGUAGCAGAGAUGUGAUUGUGACUACUACUACUAGUAUGAAUUAAUUUAUGUGUUUGUUGGUGUAUCAAAAGUAUUUUAAUGAAAAAAGACUUGGGUUAAAAUUUGAUGACAGACUCUAGUUAGUAAAUAAUUUGGGUUAGGACUGAGAGAUGAUUAAUUCCUGGCAGAGAUCUUGGCUAGCUGGCUUUCAUGUUUUUUUUGACUGAACAGCAGCAGGCCUUCUUUGUCUUUAGUACCACUUUUACUGCUUUUGUGUUCUAGAGGAUAUUAAACUGAUAAUCUCUUUGUUAA